UCAUCAUCCUCUUCCUCUCUCUUCUUGCUUUUUCUCUCUUUUUUUCCCUACCCAGUUAGGGUUAAACUAUGAUCUUGGACCUUCAACUUCUCUAAUGCAAUCACAAGUUCAAUUUCUAAACAAUCAAUCACUCUUCUUCGUCCUGCUCUUUUUUAUUCUUCAAGAUUUGGAAUUUUUGACCCACAAUCCACCAUGCCUUCUCUCAUCGAUUAUACAGUUGAUGAUGAUUUGUACACGGUUGGUUCUCGUUUGGAUGUGUAUUAUCCUCCUAGCAAAAGGGCUAGAUUUAGCUCAUUGGUGGCUUCUUCAGAUAACUUUGAUAAUGAAAACAGAACAACAUCUAUUGAAGUGCUUCCGGAUGAGUGUCUGUUUGAAAUCUUCAGACGUGUUACUGGAGGUAAAGCGAAAAUGUCUUCCGCCUGUGUUUCUAAGCGUUGGCUUAUGAUUAUGAGCAGCAUUCGUAGUGCUGAGAUAUGUAAGAAUGAAGAUGUUGAAAUGAUACAUGAUAAUGUGAAUGUGGAAUGUGAGAGUGAUGGAUAUCUUACUAGAUGUUUGGAAGGAAAGAAAGCAACAGAUAUUAGACUUGCAGCUAUUGCGAUUGGCACUUCUAGCCAAGGGGGUUUGGGAAAACUUUCCAUAAGAGGAAGCAAUUUCGUUCGUGGAGUCACCAAUUUCGGUUUAUCAGCUAUUGCCCAUGGUUGUCCUUCUCUUAAGUCUCUUUCUUUGUGGGAUGUUCCUUUUGUUGGGGAUGAAGGCAUGCUUGCAAUAGCUAAUGAUUGUCGCUCACUUGAGAAGCUCGAUCUCUGCCAGUGCCCUUCCAUUACAAACAAGGGUUUGAUUGCAAUUGCAGAAAAUUGCCCCAACUUGACAACUUUAGCGAUUGAAUCAUGUCCUAACAUCGGAGAUGAGGCUCUGCUAGCUAUUGGAAGGUGUUGCUCGCGUCUCCAAUCCAUCACUAUCCGAGACUGCUCUCGAGUAAGGGAUCAAGGUCUUGCAGGCCUUCUAUUGCCAGCUUGUUCAAGCUUGACGAAAAUAAAACUUCAUGGCUUAACCAUCACGGAUUUCUCACUUGCUGUGAUUGGUCAUUAUGGGAAGGCUUUAACCACUCUUAUACUUUGCGGGCUUCAGAAUGUGAGCCAGAAAGGGUUCUGGGUCAUGGCCAAUGGCCGUGGUCUAGACAAGCUUGUGUCUUUGACGAUUACUUCUUGCCGUGGGACAACAGAUGUGAGCCUCGAGGCCAUAGGGAAAGGAUGCUCUAACUUGAAACACAUGAACCUCAAAAAGUGCUGCUUUGUAUCAGAUGCUGGUCUAGUAGCUUUUGCUAAGGCUGCUGGAUCUUUAGAAAGCCUUCAGAUGGAGGAAUGCAAUAGGAUUACCCAAGCAGGCAUUUUGAGUGCCCUGUCGAAUUCUGGAUCGAAAUUAAAAUCUCUAGGCAUUGUUAAAUGCAUGGGAAUCAAGGAUCAUCUGCCACUCGAUAUGACUAUGCUCUCUCCUUGUGAAUCACUUAGAUCAUUGUCCAUCAGGAGCUGCCCGGGCUUCAGUAAUUCAAGCUUGGCUGUCGUUGGAAAGCUUUGCCCUCAGUUGCACCAUGUUGAUCUAAGUGGACUAGUCGGAAUUAGCGAUGCAGGCCUUCUUCCUCUUCUGGAGACCUGUAAAGGGGGACUCGUCAAGGUGAAUCUUAGCGGUUGCUUAAAUUUGACUGAUAGAUCGAUCUCCACUAUGGCUAAGCUCCAUGGUGAGAGUCUCGAAGUGUUGAACCUUGAAGGAUGCAGGAAUGUGACAGAUGCGAGCCUGGUGGCAGUUGCUGAAAAUUGCUUGGCAAUGAACGAUCUCGACUUGUCGAAUUGCUCUGUAUCUGACUUGGGCAUUUCUGUUUUAUCAUUUGGAGGGCAAAUGAAUUUACAGAUCCUAUCCCUUUCUGGCUGCACAAAAUUAUCAGACAAGGUUAUGCCAUAUCUUAGUAAGCUUGGGAAGACUCUUGUUGGGCUGAAUCUUCAAAAAUGCAAUUCCAUUAGCGGCCAAUCAAUUGAACUGUUGGUUGAAAGCUUGUGGAGGUGCGAUAUCCUUUACUAAAGCUGCUGAAUUCGAAUUGAACAACAUCGAUAGGUAAUGCUAGCCCGGUGGCUUGGUUUAUUCUCGUGGGGACUUUGGAUGUUUUUUCGCAGGUACCCUUUAGUGGUUAAAUACACCUGUGUAAUUCAAUUUUAGCUUCUCCAUGGAGCUGCACCUCCUCCACCAUUCACAGCCAUUGUUAUCUGCGAAGACAGUCAACCAGUCCCGGUUUUGGUAUUCUUAUCUAUGUUGUUCGAUCUUUCUGGUUAGCUUGAAAUGACCCAAAGUUCCCUUGCUUGAAUAAUUCAUAUUGUUCUUUCUGUUUAGUGGGUAAUGUAUGGGUGUUCCCCGGUUUUUUAAUAGAACUCUUCGGUUCUAUCUUUUUUUCUUUUUGUGGGAAUUUCCUUUACCCUGCUUCUAGAUAGGAGGACAAGUGAAGUAGAUGUUUUCUUGUAUAACAAAGUUUUAAAAACCUUGUCUUGCUUGCUAGAGUUACUACUAGGCACUACUAGCCUAUGUCAUUUUCCUUUUAUGUGUUUAUCAAUAAGCCUAAUAAUCUUCAUGAUUAUUAUUGGCUCUGUUUGGAAGUUGUGUUCUUUUAUGAAGCUUUCAUGUAUAUUAUUAUUAUUAUUACUAAAUGUUAUGCUGUUUUCAUAA